GAGCAACCAGAUGCUAUGAUCAGAGAGUCUGCAAUCGCUCCUGCUCUGGGCAGGGCAGAGGAUAUUGCACGAGCGUCUGCAACGUGUGGUCAGAGCAGCAGGUGCGGACGGACACACAACCGGCCUGGGAUGAUGCCGAGAGAAGGGUACCCCAAGACGGGGAUGGCGAUGGGGAACCAGGCUGAGCUUGCUGCUGGGGAGCAGGAGGGGCCGUGCUGGAGGCUGCGGGUCUGGGGCACGAGUGGGCUCCAGCGGCCGUGCCUCAUCCCCAGCCACGGAGCAUCUCCCAGGGCCGCGGGCCCUCGCUCAUCCAUCUCCGCUUUAGGACCCCCGGAGUGCCGGGAAGAAGCCGUGUCUGCCAACGGAACGCUGCAGCUGCAGCCGGAGAAACCCCCGCAGGGGUGGGCAAAGGUCGAAUGGAGAGUGCAACUGGAAGCAGGAUACCAGCAGCGGAUCCUGACGGCUGAGAAGGAUAAAGCUGCCCCACCCUCCAAGGGUGUUUUUUCUGGGAGAGCUGAUUUCCAGCAGGAGACCCUCUCCCUGCGGAUCAGGCCGGUUAGCACGGCAGACAGUGGGGUCUAUUGGGCAGAUUUUGAGGACACGUCGGGCCUUGUUACUGCCCUGUGCUUCCGCGUGUCGGUGUGGGAGCCCGUCGGCCAGCCGCGCCUGGAGGCACGCAUCCUGCACUGGGAGCAGGGCUGGUGCAACCUCUCACUGGUUUGCACCGUGCCCGGCGCUGGCAACUUCUCCUACAACUGGUCCUGCAGCGGGGAUCCCCUGGGAGCCCUGGAGCACCAGCCCUGGCUGCGCCUGCAGGUCCCUGGGGAUGCCGACCCCACCGUCUGCUGCUGCAAUGCGAGCAACCCGGUGAGCUGGAGCACGGCCAGCACCGACGUUGCGGAAGCCUGCCGCGCUGCAGCCCCAGGACAUGUCCAGCAGACGCUGACUCUCUACGACGAGGUGGGCAAAGCCCGAACUGGCCGAGACCCUAAUGGGACCAGUGAGGCCACCGUGGGAGGAAACACCAUCUACGCCGUCGUCUGCACCAGAACGCAGGGACCCAGCUGUCCUCAGGAGCCCGAAAGCUGCACUAUCUACUCCACGAUUCAGCCUACCAGGAAGUCUCCCUCUCUCAAGAGGAAGAGGCUGGACCCAGCUUUGGUUUCCACUGCCUACGUAGAGGCUACGGGGGGUUCUAGACGCUGGUGCCCUCCGUCGCAGACCUCGUCCCCGGCUCCUUCAGGCCACCACCUCUCCUAGUGCCCUGGCAAGACCUUCCCUUCCCUAAAGACCUCUUCUCCUGGAGCACCCAGAGACCUCCAGCACCCACUGGGACCCCACCCAGCCAAGCCAGGGGCUCGCUCGGGAUGGAAAUGGUCAGACACGGGUUAUUGCAAGGAUGCAAACCCCAGCUGCGCCUUGGAGACUUUCCUGUGAGGGAAGGAGGAAAGACUCGGUGAUGGAAACCUGUCUGCGGAGGAGAUGGAUGCGGAAUUGGACAGGCGGGGUCGUGGGGGAAGAGGAUACGUGUGAUGUGUGUGUGUUUAGUGCCAGCAUGUGAUCUUGUGGGGUUUUUUU